GGAGAGAGCAGGCUGAACUGAAGAGCUUAAUAAGAGGACAACUGUGAGCCAAAAUGCCUCCUCGGAAGAAAACUGACAUUGCAAUUAAAAUGGAAGAGGUGGGAAUGGAUAUCGAUGGAGAGUUAGACAGUGGGCGUGAGGGAUUAUUUUCAUGAUGGUGCAAACUGACUCAGAUUAAGAUCCUACAUCUGUACUUCCAAUGCAUUUUUCCACAAAAGAUGAGGUCAGGUGGAGAGACAGAAACAGGAAAGUCAAACUCUCUCCACGAGCUGGGGGACGGAAUGGCAAACAGGCCACCAGCGAGGAGGAAGAGGAAGAGGAGGACGAGGCACAGAGGAGGAGGGCUCAUAAGAAAAAGGCCAAGGUCCAAGACAGCGAGGAAGAGGAUGAGGAAGACGAGGCACAGAGGAAGAGGGCUCAUAAGAAGAAGGCCAAGGUCCAGGACAGCGAGGAAGAGGAUGAGGAAGAGGAGAAGAGCGUCAAGCGGAAGGGCCCAAAGGCUGCACGCAGAAAUAAAAAGGCAGUCAAGCAGGUGAGUGAGGAGGAGAGUGAGGAGGAAGAACGAGGGAAGAAAAGGAAAGGCAGAAAAUCGACUAGCAAGAACCAGAAAGAAGGGCAGAAUAAGGAGAAGAAGAGCGAUGCUAAAGGGAAAAGUGACGCCAAAGGCAAAGGAGUGAAGGACAAAGGGAACGAGAAAAACAAGAAAAAGAAGAAUGCAAAGUACAGCAGCUCUUCUUCUUCGGGCGAGUCAGAGGACGAGGAUUCUCUGUCAGAAGGGGAGAUUGCUGCUCAGAAGGAAGAGAUGGAGGAGAAGAAGAAGCUGAUCGCCACUCUAAGGAACAAACCGUGGCGCAUGAAGAGGAGGCUUAAACUCCUCAAGGAAUGCCAGGCGUUUGUGGAGAAGUUUGAAGGGGCUCUGGGAAAGGGCAAAGGGAGGAAGCUCUACGCCUACAAAGUCGUAAUGGCUAAGAAAAUGAUCAAGUUCAACCGUGACUUUGACAAUUUCAAAACAGCCUGUAUUCCAUGGGAAAGAAAGAUUAAAGAGGUUGAGAGUCACUUUGGGUCAUCUGUGGCUUCCUACUUCAUCUUCUUGCGGUGGAUGUACGGUCUAAACCUGGUCCUGUUUGGGUUAAUGUUUGGUCUUGUUGUUCUCCCAGAGGUGAUGAUGGGUCUUCCGUAUGGGUCUAUACCCAGGAAAACUGUUCCCAGAGCGCAGCAGGCCAAAGCCAUGGACUACUCCGUCCUACUUGAUUUUGGAGGCUACUGCAAGUACUCUGUUCUGUUCUAUGGCUACUACAAUGACGAACGCACCAUCGGACUCCUCCAGUUCAGACUGCCACUGUCCUACCUACUGGUCGGUGUUGGCAUCUUCGGCUACAGCCUGAUGGUGGUCAUUAGAACGAUGGCCCGUAACUCGGAUGAGGGAGGAGAUGGUGGGGACGAUGGACAGUUUACAUUCACCUUUAAGAUGUUCACCAGCUGGGAUUACCUCAUUGGGAACCCAGAGACAGCUGACAACAAGUAUGCCUCCAUCACCACCAGCUUUAAGGAAUCCAUAGUAGACGAACAGGAGAACCAGAAGGAUGAGAACAUCCACUUGCGGAGGUUCCUGCGGGUUCUAGCCAAUCUUUUCAUUCUCUGCAGCCUGGGGGGCAGUGGCUACCUCAUCUAUUUUGUGGUCAAGAGGUCUCAGGACUUUGCAAAACUAGAUCAGAAUACGCUCUCCUGGUAUGAAAAGAAUGAGGUGGAGGUUGUGAUGUCACUGCUGGGGCUGGUGUGCCCCCCUCUCUUUGAGACUAUCGCUGAGCUGGAGGAGUACCACCCUCGUAUCGCCCUCAAGUGGCAGCUGGGCCGCAUCUUUGCCCUGUUCCUUGGGAACCUCUACACCUUCCUGUUCGCCCUGUUUGAUGAUGUCAAUGAAAAGUUGGAACAGGAGAAGUACAUUAAGAAUGCCACUAUCUGGGGUCUGAAGGAGUACUAUGCCAACUACAGCACCUUCCACAACACUACUGACAUCCCCCCUCCAGAGAUCCCUCCUGCUGAUGUCAUCAGAGGGCCGUGCUGGGAGACGGACGUUGGCAUAGAGUUUGUGAAGCUCACCGUCUCUGACAUCCAGGUGACAUAUCUGACCAUCCUCAUUGGUGACUUUGUGCGAGCCGUGAUUGUGCGUUUCCUCAACUACUGCUGGUGCUGGGACCUGGAGGCUGGAUUUCCGUCUUAUGGAGAGUUUGACAUCAGCGGCAACGUGCUUGGAUUGAUCUUCAAUCAAGGAAUGAUUUGGAUGGGUGCGUUCUACGCCCCUGGCCUGGUAGGGUUGAACGUCCUGCGUCUCCUCUCCUCCAUGUACUACCAGUGCUGGGCAGUGAUGAGCUGUAAUGUUCCCCAUGAGAGGGUCUUCAAGGCCUCCAAAUCCAACAACUUCUACAUGGGCCUCCUCCUCCUGGUGCUCUUCCUCAGCCUUCUGCCUGUGGUUUACACCAUAAUGACCCUGCCGCCCUCCUCUGACUGUGGCCCCUUCAGUGGAAGGGCGCAAAUGUAUGACGUUGUCAUGGAAACUAUAGAGAAGGACCUACCAGCGUUCAUUGGUAAUAUCUUCACCUACGCAACUAAUCCUGGGCUGAUCAUACCAGCUGUGCUGCUGAUGGUGUUGGCCAUCUACUAUCUGAAUGCAACCUCCAAAAACUAUCAAAAUGCCAACCUGGAACUGAAGAGGAAGAUGCAAAUGGCUAGAGAUGAGGAGAAGAACAGGAGGAACAACAAGGAGAGUACCAACCAGGUGAUGCAUGACCUGGUUGGCCUUCUUCCCAACCGUUCUCUAAUCCCCCCUCCUGCUGAAGAAGCACCCCCACCAGACAACAUGAGCGAGAAGGGCAGCACAUUUCCCAAGGUGGCAAAACGUCCAGGAGCAGCUGACAAUGUCAAGAGGGUUAACCUUCAGAAGGAUGUUUCAUUGGCUGCACCAAACUCCCAAGCGGCUGUGACCCGCCCCCCAGGCCCAAGGGGGCCGCCUGUAAAUGCCAGAGGACCACCCCCAGGGCCGGGAAGGGGCAGAGGGAGGGGUGCACCUCCUCCUAAAUGCUAAUUAGGUGAAAAACAGGGUGCUAAGAUGUCCACACCACCCUCACGACUCCUGUUGCGGGCCGGGAUAUCUUUCGUUCGCGCAGUGCACGCCAGCCAAGUUUGCCAGGUGCACAGUGUUUCCCCCGACACAUUGGUGCGGCUGGCUUCCGGGUUUGAUGUGCGCUGUGUUAAGAAGCAGUGCGGCUUGGUUGGGUUGUGUUUCGGAGGACGCAUGGCUUUCGACC